CCUGGGUUCCCCUUCUUAUAAAACAAGCGCUACGCCCAGCGGAAUCAUCAUUUUCAGUUCGAACUCGAACGUGUUCACGUCUCGUGUGUCUCCUAGUGCCUUUUAAAAAGUUUACGUAGUCGAGAUGGCAAGUCCCGCCGUUUUUUCUCAAGAAGCUCAGCCGAUUUCACGCACUUUACAAUACCGUAAAGUGAUGAAGCCGAUGUUAGAAAGAAAAAGAAGAGCCAGAAUCAACCGUUGUUUAGACGAACUCAAAGAUUUGAUGGUAUCAGCUCUAGCUACCGAUGGAGAAAACGUAUCAAAGUUAGAAAAAGCCGAUAUUUUAGAGCUGACAGUUUCCCAUCUACAAAAACUAAAACGUCAACAGAGAUUAUCCGCCAAUCCUUUGGUCGAAGCUGACAGAUUCCGCUCCGGAUUUACAACUUGUGCUCGAGAAGUGUCGAGGUGCCUAGCGUCCAUCCCUGGAGUCGACAUCCACCUUGGUACCAAGUUAAUGACACACUUGGGUCAAAGCCUUAAGAGUGUUGACCAUUUAGAUGCCGUACCCGCUACAUACACUCCACCAGCAUCUCCUGUCUACGACGAAGGUGUCCACUACCCUGCGCCUGUGUCACCCUCUUCUUCGAGAAGUACAUCCAGCCCUAUCAACUGUCCCAGUUUCACAGACAAUCAAUCAGUUUGGCGACCGUGGUGAUUUCGGACUGUUUUUCAAAGUUUAUUUCAAAUUCUUUG